AUGGUUCAAAUAAAAAGAUGGAUAAACUUUCAUGAUACCAAAAUUUAUAAAAAGAAAAUUAUAGUUUUCGAGUAUACUCUCGAGAAAGUAUACUUUACAAUUUUGCUUACAAAGGAUUGA